AAUAACAAUCAUUUCCUCUCCUCUUUCCUUUCUUUUUUCUUUCCCAUCGCUCUUCUCCCACUUCUCUAAAAACUCUCUCUCGAUCGGAUCUGAAAAGGACCCAAAGCUCUUUCGCUUUCACCUUGACUUCUUUCUUGAGUCUUCUUGUUCGGUUGAAGAAUCACUCACUUUCACUUGCUUCACCGGGCAUGAAAGAUUGUUUCCCCAGCUCCAUUCCUUAAUCAGGUUGAAUACUGUAAAUGAUCAAUUGGGGGUCACGGUGUUCAAUUGUGUUGUUGUGUGACAGUUUCUGUGCCAAAAUACCCAAAUGGAUUCUCUAGUUAAUUCAAAGCUUUCCUAUCAAUUAUCUCAUGCUCACAUGGCAAAAGGACACUGCAAUUCAUCAGAUGACGGGUUCGAAGUGAACAAUGGGAAAUUUGAAUCUGCGGCCUCGAGCGUUGUUCUUGACCAAAUAGUUGAAGUUUCUUCACAGAAACAGGUUUCGAUGUCAGAAACCUUAUGCUCCAAUGGGCAUUCUGUUCAAGAAUCCAAGAAUUGUCAUUCAAGCAGCUUGUUGGAGCCAGUUAAAUUUGCUUCAAACCAGUACAAAGGAGGUUUGGCUCAAUUGACAAUCGAAGUAGCAUCUCAAUUGGGAAAUGGCUUCUGUCCGAGUCCACAAAACAGCUGCUAUGCCGGUACUCAAUACAUGGAAGCCAAACAAAGUUUCACCAACACAGAAGUAAGUGAAUACGCAAACAGUGUAGUGGAGAAAUCUGGUGAAAGUGGCGAAGUUAGCAACUCAGGAGAUUGUGUUGAGAGUAGAAAGACAAGUAUCUACAGAGGCAGUACUGGGAGCGAUAUUAGUGAUGAGAGUAGCUCCAGCAGUUUAAGCAGUCAAGUUUAUAAACCUCACAAGGCUAAUGAUACCAGAUGGGAAGCGAUUAAAGUCAUAAAAUCUCGUGAUGGGAUGUUGGGAUUGAAUCACUUUAGACUCUUGAAGAGACUGGGCAGUGGAGAUAUAGGCUGUGUUUAUCUGUCCGAAUUGAGUGGCACAAGGAGUUAUUUUGCCAUGAAAGUUAUGGAUAAAGCAGCUCUAGCUAGUCGGAAGAAGCUUCUGAGGGCACAAACGGAGAGAGAGAUAUUGCAGUCUCUGGAUCAUCCAUUUCUGCCAACUUUGUAUACACACUUCGAAACAGAAAAGUUUUCGUGCUUGGUGAUGGAGUUCUGUCCUGGGGGAGAUUUGCAUGCGUUAAGGCAAAGACAACCUGGGAAGUAUUUUCCUGAACAUGCUGCCAGGUUUUAUGUGGCGGAAGUUCUCCUUGCUCUAGAAUAUCUCCACAUGCUUGGGAUCAUUUACAGGGACCUCAAACCUGAGAAUGUUUUAGUGAGGGAAGACGGGCACAUAAUGCUUUCAGAUUUCGACCUCUCCCUAAGAUGUGCUGUAAGCCCAACCCUAGUCAAGUCCACAAACUUGAUCUCAGAAUCCAAGACUUCAGCAUAUUGCAUCGAACCGUCUUGUGUAAUCCAGCCUUCGUGCAUUCAACCUACUUGUUUUACACCUCGUUUCCUUAACAAGCCAAAGAAAGACAAAAAGAAGACCAAAGCAAAGACUGAAAUAAAUCACCAAAAUAGCACUCUCCCGGAGCUUCUUGCGGAGCCCACAAGUGCUCGAUCAAUGUCCUUUGUUGGUACCCACGAGUACUUGGCGCCUGAAAUCAUAAAAGGCGAAGGGCAUGGGAGUGCUGUUGAUUGGUGGACGUUUGGUAUAUUUCUAUAUGAACUCUUGUUUGGGAAAACACCGUUCAAAGGAGCAGGUAAUCGUGCCACUUUGUUCAAUGUCGUUGGACAACCCUUGAGAUUUCCUGAGUCUCCUAGUGUGAGUUUUGCUGCGAGGGACUUGAUCAGAGGGUUACUUGUGAAGGAGCCACAGCAUCGGCUUGCUUAUAGACGUGGGGCCACUGAAAUUAAGCAGCAUCCGUUUUUUCAAAAUGUGAAUUGGGCUCUGAUUCGAUGCACUAGUCCUCCAGAUGUUCCCAAACCCUUCGCGCUGGACUUGUUGCCAAGAAAUGAUGCACAGAAAGCGCCGGGUGUUGAUGUGAAGCCUUCGGGUAAUUAUUUGGAGAUUGAUUUCUUUUGAUUCUUGUGUUCUUUUUUUACCCCUCCCUUUUUUAGUUUUUUUUUCAUCUACUCAUUUGUACUGUGCUUCAACUGUUCUUUUUCCAUUGCAAGGAACACCAAUUGUUGUUCCUUUGAUAAGCAAAAGUAAGCAAUGCUUACUACUAGGCACCGUAAACAAUGCUCUUAUGAAAUGCAAAUGCACAGAAAUGAGAAUGAUAUUGCUGAACUUUCUUAAGAUC